CUACAAUUCCGACCAGCCACAGUCCUAUGCCUAGACCAAGUACCCCGACUAGAAGCCCUUCGAAGAUUACACCAAGCACGACUACUUCCACGACAACCACCCGAAAGUCUCUGCUGGCUGGCUCACUGCUGUGCACCCUUGGUACAAUUGACUUCUCUAAAACUUUCAUAUACCCAUUGGACGGCGUUUGUGACCUUAUCACUUUCGACUCCCUCUUCGUGGCCGGAGGCACUACCCUCAGUCCUCCAUACAGCGCUGACUUCAAGACCUUCUUGAACAUUGCCAGUGGUCACCGUUUAACGGCAUACGGCAUUGGCAUAGACCACAAUUUCUGCAGGAACCAGAACCUCAUGAGUGAACUUGUUGCCAAUCCGACAACCAAGACAACAUUAGAUGACAUGUGGUCCAAGCGGAUUCACCACUACGGGCAAGUCAACACGCCAGUAAUGCAAGCGAGUGACAAGCCUCUCGAAUACGUCACGCAGUCAGCAAGGGGUCUUAAGAUGAUUUCCGAACUCGUGAGGGACAGAGCCGACGCUGACGGAAAGCCCAGCUACGUCAUAUUGCACUACCCACUCAUGUACGAGUCGAUGGUCGCUGGCGUCGCGCAGGCUCUGAAAAGCUAUCCCGUCGAUAUGCUCGUGGCCAUCGGAUACACAACCUAUACUGACUACGGAACAAAAGACUGCCGCAUGGUGCCUCCAGUACUUCACAGUGAACAGCUACUAGAGCCCUCUCUUCUGAACACCUCGUAUCCCGUUCGUUUGGUUAGAGUUGUAUCAGCUAUGGUGAAACUCAAGAAGGAGCACGCGGCUACCAGUGCGUUAGCAGUGUCCUUUGGCAUGGGUGGCCGUUGGUACACUCCCACGUAUCCGGACAACCUUCCGGACACUCCCGGAAAUGGCUCUCUUGGUCAGCCAUGCACGACGAGCUCCCGAGGAGGUGGUCCUAACGGACGCCAAAUAACGGGCAUUGCUGAAGGAUGUGCAAACAAGAGGCCUUUCGACUAUGACGACAUCUUCCAGGCUGAGUAUCUGUACAACAGGACCGAAAACAUGUUGUUCACAUUCGAUACCUCCGCCUCAUUUCGCUACAAGCUUUACGAGACAGAAGGUAUCGACCAAGACCUAAAGUACAACCUUGCUGCGGACAACAUACAGCACGAGGACUUCGACAACACCUGCGGCCGUGGGCCGUACAGCCGUAUGCGUCUUUUGAAGAUACUGGCUGGUCACAAGGGCAAAUUGACCAAUUAGGAACGCAUCUGGAAGCCAGUCCCACAUAGCUUCUGUUAGCCAAUACAAUGUGCUUUCCUGUAAGAUUUUUUUUUUAAUCUGAAGCAUUUCUUGGCGAACUUCAGUGACAUUUAGCAUAUCUA